AGUUACCGAAGUAGCUAAAGGCGGUGGAAGACUUCUUGGUAGUUUGGUAGCAACAUCAUAGAGUUUAUCACACAGUCUGUAAAUCAGACGUUCAUGUCUCCCCCUUUUACUCGUUUGGCUGGACACUCGACUGUUUUCUUUAGCACACACCUCCGCCAUGUUUCUGCGCGGGUCGAAAAAGCGACGAUCCUACCGCUCGCAGGAGGAAGAAGACCCAGACAGAGGGCAGCCUUGCAUGCGCUGUGGAGACCAGUGCCCCGGCUUCCGCGUCCAUGGAUGGAGGAAGAUCUGCGUUCACUGCAAGUGUGUGCGGGAGGAGCACGCCCUGCGUUCGAUGCCGGGCCAGCUGGAGAAGAUGAUGACAAAGCUGGUGUCGGAUUUCCAGAGGCACUCCAUCUCCGACGACGACUCGGGCUGCGCCUCUGAGGAAUACGCCUGGGUUCCGCCCGGCCUCAAGCCUGAGCAGGUUUACCAGUAUUUUAGCAGCUUGCCAGAGGACAGGGUCCCGUAUGUGAACAGUGUGGGGGAACGUUACCGAAUCAAACAGCUGCUGCACCAGCUUCCUGCACAUGACAGUGAGCCGCACUACUGCAGCUCGCUAAACGAGAAGGAGAAGAGGGAGUUGCGUUUGUUCAGCCAGCAAAGGAAACGAGACAACGUAGGCCGAGGCGUGGUCAGACUGUUCCCCGUCACCAUGACUGGCGCCAUCUGCAAGCAGUGUGGCAGAAAGAUCAGCGGCGGAGACAUCGCGGUGUUUGCCAGCCGUGCGGGAAACGGCAGUUGUUGGCACCCUCAGUGUUUCCAGUGCACCUGCUGCAAUGAGCUGCUGGUCGACCUGAUUUACUUCUACCAGGACGGACGCAUCUACUGCGGCCGGCAUCACGCUGAGAGGCUCAAGCCCCGAUGUCAGGCCUGUGACGAGAUUAUUUUCGCAGAUGAAUGCACAGAGGCAGAAGGAAGGUUCUGGCACAUGAAGCACUUCAGCUGUUUUGAGUGUGAGGCAGCGCUGGGCGGUCAGCGUUACAUCAUGAGAGAGUGCCGUCCGUACUGCUGCUCCUGCUACGAGGCCCUGUAUGCAGAGUACUGCGACACCUGCGGAGAACAGAUAGGUAUCGGCCAGAGCCAGAUGACCUACGAGGGUCAACACUGGCACGCCGUGGAAUUUUGUUUCUGUUGCGCCCGAUGCCGACUGCCUCUGCUGGGUCGCCCCUUCCUGCCUCGACGGGGGCUCAUCUUCUGCUCCCGGGCCUGUUCGCUCGGGGAGGACCCCGAUAACUCGGACUCCUGCGACUCGGCCCUCCAGAGCCGACCUCCUCAGCGCAGACGCUGCGGGCCGGCCCAGCCGCACCAGCAACUGCAAUGCGGUUCUCCGUUGCAACCAAUAGAUGGCGUCAACCCCCUUAUAAGUAGUGUGAACUCUUCGACUCCAAUUGAAAAAGGCGUUUCUUCCUCUGGUGGUGUUCCUCAUCCAAGAGGCUCCUCCUAUUCACCUCUCCCCCACAUUCAUCGGGGGAAUGGCCUCGGGCCCUCUUGGCCCUGCAACCUUCCACAUUAUACUUUAUUACCAGAGGACGGUGGCAUCAAACCACCUGGUGAUGCCCUUUUAAAUGGGCAUUCGAGACAUCCUCCCACUAGUCUGUGUUCAAGAGGAACCUCGACCGGUCAAGACUGUAGGAACUGGGUGGAAAAGACCAAUCAUAUCAUGAAAGACUCUCUCCAGACAAAUACGGCGUCACACGCCAACAUGUCACCUGAACCGCCUCCCCUCCCACCUCCGCUUCCCAUCAAGUCUCGAGAUCUCAUACUGCAGGAUUCAGCCCCUCUGAACACCCAGCAGCCAGAGGACAGCCCCUCCCAUUCGCCUCCCCCGACGUCUCGAAGUGGGACAGCGAGGGUCAGCUUCAGAGAACCCAUCAGCAGCAGCUACUCCGUCGAUGAGGCGGAGGAGGGAGACGAGCGCGAAGAGGAGCCGCAAGAUAAUGACGACAGCCCUCCGGAUGAAGACGAGGUGGAAGGAGGGUUCGGAAGCGGGCUGGAUCUGCAGAAAGGCAUCCCGCCACAGAUGGAUCUGCUAGAUGGAUCCUCUUACCACCAACACAGUCUGCGGCGAGGCUGGGCUCGUUGCCACCUUUCAUCUGACCCCGGCCUCCCCCCGACCUCGGGAGGUCGCUCGCGGGCCGAACGCCCUCGACCGGACACCGCGGACAGUCGAGGCGAGACGGACAGAGACGCCUGCUCGCUGGUCCUGCAGCCGGGCCGCCGGCGCGAGCACGAAGACUCGUGUUCCACGUGCUCCUCUUCGUCGGACUCUGAGCGAGAGGGCUACUUCCUCGGACAGCCCAUUCCUCUGCCGCCACAGCUGCAAAAACACCAAGAAGAAAAAAAUGUAGAAGUAGAGGAGCCGGCUCGGCGGGGACUCAGGGACAGUUUCAGGCGCAGACGUACUCACAGUCUCGGCGCUAAGGACAAAGAUAAAAACUGCUCGGUCUCUUGACCCAAACAAUGGAAACGUCAGAAUGUCUAGGAACGAUCAUGUGUGGACUCAUGAUUUCAUGACUAAAAGAGGUUGGGGAUUCGAAUGCGGCCUGGAUGUUUGCAUGUUUGCCAGAGCUUCCUCCCACUUUCCAAAACAUGCGCAUUAGUUUCAUUUUUAGCGAACCGCUGUCAGGCGGAAUCCUCACAUCUCCAAAAUGACUUCUUUACCCAUUACAGUGACCAAUAUUACUAUCAUAUACAGUUGUGCACCAACAUCAACACAACACCACCCCAAAAUCGUGUUCAAUUGCCAACUGAAUAUGCUUAAAACAAGCUUAUGAAAAUAUAAUCAACCAGACAAAAAGCCUUUAAUGCUUCACAAACGCAAACAACUGUGGUUACAUCUUCUUCCCGAACAAUUUUUUCAAAGGUCUUAAAACUGACUAAACAGUUUAGUAUGUGGUUAAUGAAUCUGUACGCAACCUAGCUGCGUGACUCGCCAUUUUCUUCCCCACCGAAGCAUUACAGCAUCAUUAACAAACCACGCUGACUCAAAUGUAUCAAACCUAACGAUUCUCUUCUCUAAAAACUAUCCAGACUUUCCAUCUUCAGGCGACAUAAUGCUGCCCAGCUCCAAUUCAAGUGUUCAAAAGAGUUACUAGAUAUGU